AACAGCAACCCAACCGGGAAGUGCAGCUGUGCACACGCUCGGACUUUUCUUUUGUGGCUGGCCAGUUCCGUGUGCACUCGCCUGGAGCCAUGGCACAGCUCUACUCUACUGCUCCAGCCCCGCUGCUGUGCACCCUUGCUAUGCUGUUCAAAAUGUCUCUGUCUGUGGAUCAUGUGCCGAUGCUGCUUUGGUCAACUCAGAGAUCACAGUGGAAUCCAGACCCUGCUAUGCAUGAAGGGCACGUUGUCUCAGCACAGGAGCUGACAGUACUCUUGCAAUCUCUUUUUACCCAGAACUCCAGAAACCUCGUCUUGUUUCUGCAAGAUAGGCUUAGUGUAGAUGAUUUCACAUACCUCAGUGAAUCCUAUGGCAACAAGAAUCCGUUUCAAAAUGUUCAGGAAAUUCUUCAGUCUUCUCCUUCAUCUUUAGUUUUACCAGCUGUUGACUGUGAGGCUACCAGGUAUCUUCUGAGCUUUCUUCAGGAGUCAGGAGAUUGGAAGUUAACAAAUGUAACUAAUCUCAAUGUGUCUCAGCUGGAAGUGAAUGCAUCCGAAGGAAACUUACUGGUGGUUCAACUACAACCACUUGUCAGUGGUUUAAAAGAGAUUUCCACCCUAGAAGCAAUUGCUGAAAAUGACAAAAUAAUCAGAAAAGUGACCAUGGAUCUGCAGGAACGAGGGAUUCAUUUUUCAGUAAUUUAUACUGCAGUGAGACCUUCAAGGAUUUCUAGAAGGACCAAUGUGGUGGCAGAAUUGAGACGUCAAUUAAUGGCCACUGAGGAAGAAGAUGAUUUAUCAUAUCCUCCUCUGAAUAUGACCACUGGAAAUUAUACAUGCAUCCUUUUUUAUGCUAGUAAUUUCAGCCUCAAAGCCAACAGUUCAGUUUUUGUAGAUUUGACAAAUGCAACAUUUGUAACACAGAAUGUGGAUAUUUCUGCCUCUGAGUGCUCAGACAGCAACACAACACUGUCAUUAAAAUACACAAAGCCAGUGAAUGGAAUCAGCAGCCUAGAGAUAAGGUUUUUAAUGACCAGCAAGUUCUAUGAAGUUUCAGCUAGACAAUGGUCCACUUUAGAUUCAGUGGAGAUCAUACAAGAUGGAGAAAAGUUUGCUAAAUUUAAUGUUUCUGUCAUCUCUGCUCCUGCAGAGUAUUCAUUUCAUUGUCAGCUGGUGGGAACAAGCAAUCUCUAUCCUGCAAGGCUGGUUCCAGCCAACAAUGAGGCAAAAAAUUGGGAUGUUUUCAUUUCCAGGUUGCAGAUUCAAGGCUUCAACAUUGAAAACAACCAGUUUUCCUAUGCAAGUGACUGUACAGGUUUCUUCACUCCUGGAAUCUGGAUGGGCCUGGUAACAUCUCUAAUUUUACUGUGGAUCCUGACUUAUGGAAUCCAUAUGAUCAUGCAGCUCACAACAAACAGCAGAUUCGAUGAUCCCAAAGGUCCGGCUCUGUCAGUUCCUCAGACAGAAUAACCAUGGACUGACUCAAUGGUGCUGUGGCUUUUCCUAGUCUGAUAUUUAUGAUUUUUUAUAACCUUUCUACUUCAUAAUAUGCGUAACCUAAAAAGAUAUCAUAGCAGAAAGAGAUAAUUAAACUACAUAUAAAAAUUAUCCCUAUGCUUGGAAACAAUAAUAAAUCUUCUUUUUAUUGCCAUCAUUUGUUAACAACUAUCUGUGUUAAGGUUCUGAAGUGAGGUUGUAGAGGUUGUUACUCUCUCUGGUUAUUAGAAAGACGAUUAAAAAUUGCCUUCAGAUUAACUAUUAUUGGCAAAGAAAGGAUAUCAUUACAGAAAUAAUUGUGAAGGAUAAAUAACUUAUUUGAUGGGAAACUAUAUAUUGAAAACACUGAUGUCUCUACAGUCUCUUCAGUGAGUAUGUCAUGAUGAUGCUACAUCUUAAAAAGGCUGAACUGUGUCUUGUAAUUUUUUCUCUUGAGUAAAUCAUCCAGAAAUGUACAGAACUAAUAAAGCUAGUAAGUCAUUAACUAAAUGGUCUUGAGAAUCUUUUAAAAAUACAUCACUUUGUUCAGAUGUGGUAUCACAAAGAAGAAUGGGCAGAUGAAGGCCUAGCUUCCCUCUAAUGUUUUCUUAUGCUUGUGAGAGUUAUGUGGAGUAAUUACUGACUCCUUUGUUUUAACCAUGGACAUCUUGUCCAAACUGAUCACAAAAUUAAACUUGGUGUUAUGGCAAUGAAUGCAACUUUUCAAGUUCAGAACCUACUACGAUUCAAUGUGCCAGUGCAGACAGCAUCUUAACAGAGUUAAGGUAAUGUUCGUAGCACCUCGCCUUUUCCAGGUAUCUUUGGAGUAAAGUUCAUACAAAGAAAGAAAAUAAUAUUAUAUAACAUUACUAGAAGUACUGUGCUAAUGUACUAUUUAAGUCUGAGAAUGUUAUGGUCAUCUCAGUGAUUCCAGAAACCCAAAAACUUUCACAGUAUGCUGUAUUAUUCUGCAAUUAAUAAAGACACUGGAUCUUCUCA